AUGACAAACUCGGAGCAUGAACAUCAACAUACUCCUUGGUCUGAUGCACAGGAGAAAACCAUAGAUUGGACUCGGUACCCUCGAAAAGUACAGCAAUCGUCAUGGAUAAACUUCAUCAAGACCUAUGCGUUCGAGAAGACUGCCAUUGGACCGAUGUCGCAAUGGUCGGAUGAUUUGCGACGAUUGGCAGUGCAGAUCAUGUCCUCACCAGCCCCCAGGAUGGUUUACUACGGAUCGGAACAGGCCAUACUUUACAACGAGGCAGCUGCGUCUUUGCUAGGAUCAAAACACCCUACUUUUGCUCUAGGAAAUCGCUUCAUCGAUGUUUGGGGCGCUGAGAUACACGAGAAGCACAUGAAAAUGGUCAGGACAGCAGUUGACCGAAGUCAGGUCGCCGAGGCCAAAGCAAUGGAAGCAGUCCUGGAGCGCGACGGUUUCAUCGAGGAAACAUAUUGGGAUGUUGUAUUACAACCCUGUAGCGGUCCUGAUGGUCAGAUGGUUGCUGUCUUGAACACAUACCAGGAAUGCACAUCAAAUGUUUUCCAGAACCAGAGGCGCAAUCUCAUCGACAAGGUCCAAGCGUUUAUACCUACAGUCGACAACUUUCCCGACCUCUGGAGAUCAGUAUCGACAGCCAUGCGAGACAACCUUCACGAUGCCGCCUACUCACUAAUCUACACAGCAGUCAAUCAGUCCAAUGAACCAGGUCAUGCACACGCUAUCGAUCGAGUGGAUACCUUCCAACUAGAACUACAGAUAAUGUCAGGAGUCGCAUCUCAAACCUUUGAGACCGUCGUUCACACUGGCGAGCGAUUCCACAGACCCUCCUUAGGACCUGUCUUCGCGGAAGCUCGCAGGACCCAACAAGUUGUUGUAUUACAGCAGGACAACCUCCCCCCAGAGCUGGCUCUGCUCAUACCGGAUCGUGGAUUUGUGACCACUGCUUGUAUCUUGCCUAUUGCAAGUGUGUCUGGACAGCAGAUUGCCUUCAUCGUGCUCGGCAUGAACCCUCGAAGACUAUUCACCGACGAGUCUCGACUUUUCGUCAGCCAUUUGAACGAUCUAAUAUCCAAAGCUGCCGCUUUGAUUUCUCUUCCUGAGGAACAGAGGCGCGAUCAAGAAAAGUUCGAACAAAUCAAUUUUGCACUCUCACAGCAGCUUCAAAUUAUUGCUUUGAAGGCUGAGAAGAACGAGGAGACCUUUACACGUAUGGCACAGAGUGCGCCAUUUGGCAUGUACAUGUUUGAUCGUGACGGCAACCCGAAAUAUGUCAACGAUGCAUACCUUCGAUUGAUUGGUCUUGAUCGAGAUACGUUCGAACAAGCCGCAUCCCUUGGAUUGGCAUGGAGAGAUACUAUCUACGAAGAAGAUAUUGAACUGACUACCCACAUCUGGUCCAGAAUGAGAGACUCGAAGACACCUCAAACCUUUGAAUAUCGAGUCAAGGUGCCAUCCAAGCAACCUGGCGAGGCGCCUGGUAUCCGAACGCUUGAAACAAUCUCCUUCCCCGAGAUAGAUGAGAGCGGCCGUAUCAUCACGGUUCAAGGCUGGCUUGUGGACAUUUCUCCUCGCAAGCGCUUGGAGACACUCAUGGCGCAACGUCUGGAGGAUGCCUUGGAAACUCGAAGAGCAUCAGAGAAUUUCAUCGAUAUGGUCUCGCAUGAGAUGCGCAACCCGCUUUCCGCUAUUCUCCAGCUCGCAGACGGUAUCCUUGGUUCGCUCGAAACCACUACAUCGCAGAGCCCCGUAUCCUUACCGGCUGACACUAUCAACAUGAUGGUUGAUGCCGCUCAGACCAUUACUCUCUGCGCCCAACACCAAAAGUGUAUCGUCGAUGAUAUUCUGACGUUAUCCAAGCUGGACUCAUCGUUGCUUGUCAUCACUCCGGACAAGGUACACCCGCCCACACUGAUCGAGAAGUCCCUCAAAAUGUACGACGCCGAACUUGCGAGGGCAGACAUCGAAGCCAAGCUGGUCAUUGAACAGAGCUACUUGGACGCCAACUUGAACUAUGUGAUGCUUGAUCCUAGCAGAGUACUGCAAGUCAUCAUCAACCUCUUGACCAAUGGAAUCAAGUUCACUCGAGACUGCCCCACACGGAAACUUUCUGUAUACUUGUCAGCAUUCGAGAAGCCGCCCGUAGGAGGCCAACGCAACGUCACAUUCAUCGAGCCCCGCCCACGACAAUCAAGUCUUUCUACCUCGCCAGAGUGGGGGCCAGGGGGAGAAGUCUAUAUACAGUUCGCGGUGCAGGACACUGGAAAGGGGUUGACAGAAGACGAGCUAAAGCUGCUUUGGCAGAGAUUCAGCCAAGCCAAUCCUAAGACUUACAAACAGUACGGAGGCUCUGGGCUUGGACUUUUCAUCUCUCGCGAGUUGACCGAAUUACAAGGAGGGCAGAUCGGCGUCCACAGCGAAGCAGGUGUUGGAAGCAUAUUCAUGUUCUACAUCAAAGCCAGACGCUGUGUCGACCAGCCAAAGAGCCGACAGACAAGCUCUUCCGACCCUACUGCGACAAGGCCGGUUAUACUCCCACAUACAGCGUCCGAGACAAGGAAAGCUAGCGUCAGCCAGGGCACAGUGCAUACUCUGUCGUCUAACGAUACCCUCAUCCCUCCCCAGAACAUCCACAUCUUGAUAGUGGAGGACAAUAAAAUUAAUCAGCGUGUCAUGUCUCAACAGCUUCGUAAGCUUGGAUGCAUCGUCCACACAGCAGAUCACGGCCAAGAUUGUCUCGAUUUCCUGCAGACAACAAUCUUUACCGCAAACUCGGACAACAUACCACUUUCCAUCAUCCUCAUGGAUCUAGAGAUGCCAGUGAUGGACGGUCUGACCUGCGUACGGAAAAUCAGAGAACACGAAGCUACUGGUCAUAUUCUCAGUCAUGUUCCCGUUAUUGCCAUUACUGCCAACGCAAGAAGCGAACAGAUCAAUAUCGCCAUGGCAGCUGGUAUGGACACAGUGGUGACGAAACCGUUCAGGAUCCCUGAUCUGGUGCCGAGGAUGCAGUCGUUGUUGUCUGAGUAUCCGGCCAAGUGA